CCAGGUGGCGCUAGUAGCCGCCAUGGGCUCGGCGGUACCGUCGCCGCCGGCGGCUGCCAGUGGCAGCGCGCCGCGGUCAGCGGGACCGCCGCACGAGGACGCCAUGCUGGCCGAGGAGCGUGAUCUCGCUGACGAUGCCCAGUGGAAGCGCAUUCAGCAGAACACCUUCACCCGCUGGGCCAACGAGCACCUGAAGCCGCGCCACCGUCGGAUCAACUCGCUGGAGACGGACCUGCAGGAUGGACUCAACCUGAUCGCGCUGAUCGAGGAGCUCAGCGGGAAGCGGAUGCCGCGCCACAGCCGGCAGCCCACGUUCCGCUCGCAGAAACUGGAGAAUGUGUCUGUGGCGUUGCGAUUCCUGGAGAGGGACGAGCACAUCAAGAUCGUCAACAUCGAUUCGACCCACAUCGUGGACUGCCAGCUGAAGCUGAUCCUGGGUCUGAUAUGGACACUGAUCCUGCACUACAGCAUCUCCAUCCCCAUGUGGGAGGGCGACAACGGCCUGGAAGAGGCCGACGACAGGCCCGAGCCAGCGCCCAGAGUCAGGCUGAUGAACUGGGUGGGCUCCAAGAUGCCCGGUCUGCCUGUGAAAAACUUCACCUCAGACUGGAGGGACGGAAAGGCGAUCGGCGCUCUGGUGGACGGUGUGGCACCAGGUCUGUGUCCCGACUGGUCCAACUGGAGGUCAGAAGACGCCCUAAGGAACGCCUCCGAAGCCAUGGGCCUGGCUGACGACUGGCUCAACGUGCCGCAGCUGAUCCGACCUGAGGACAUGAUCAACCCGAACGUCGACGAGCUGUCGAUGAUGACGUAUCUCUCGCAGUACCCCAACGCCAAGCUGAAGCCCGGCGCGCCGCUCCGUAGCAAGACCAACCCCGACAGCACGCCUGUCUCGACGGCCCCCGGAUCAGCCAGAGUGCGAUGCUAUGGGCCGGGCGUGGAACCCUCCGGCCUGGCGGUCGGUGUUCCCACUACCUUCACGGUGGAGACGUUCGCCGCCGGCCAGGGCAAGGUCGAGUGUGAUCUCAUCAGGCCCGACGGACGCAUCGAACCGAUCGAGACCAAGUUUUCCGGCGACGCAACAAUGACCUACCGGUGCAGCUACACGCCUAGUUGCGAGGGUCGCCACCAGGUGUCAGUGCUGUUCGCCGGCCGGCCAGUACCCCGCUCUCCCUUUCCUGUGACCGUGGAGGGGCCGGCCGGUGACCCAAACAAGGUCACCGCCUCGGGACCCGGGCUGCGGCCGACCGGAGUGGUGGCCGGCAAACCGACCUACUUCGACCUCUUCACCAAAGACGCCGGCCGCGGUUCGCCGGAGGUCAUGGUGCUGGACUCGCAGGGGAAGAGCCUGCCGCCCUCGCAGCUGAGCCUGAGACCUGUAGCAGAUGGUCGGUGGCGGUGCGACUUCACCGCCCCUCAGUCCGGCCUCCACUCAGUCAACGUGCUGUUUGACCGGCGGCCGAUCGCCGGCAGCCCGUUCCCGGUCAAAGUGGGACCAGCCUGCGACCCGCGCCGUGUCCGUGUCACGGGCAGAGGUCUGCAGUCGCACGGAGUCCGUGUCGGUGACACGGCUGACGUACGGGUCUGGACCGACGGCGCUGGUGACGGCCAGCCGCAGCUGCGGGUUGUCGCACCAGGAGGAACGACGGAUACUGUGCCAUUGAGAAAGGUAGCCGACAGCGUGUAUGAGGGCGAGUUUUAUCCGACUCGCGAGGGACGUUACAUCGCUAUGAUUUCCUAUGGCGGACAGGAGAUCCCCAAGUCACCAUUUGAGGUCAACGUCGGUCCUAUGAAGGAAUCCGCAAUUCACUGCUUCGGACCGGGUCUGCGAGGUGGCGUUGCGGGCGCUCCAGCCGUCUUCACCGUGGACACUGGCGGCGAGACGGGCGCCCUGGGGUUCAGCAUCGAGGGUCCCUCCCAGGCGGCCAUCCAGUGCCGAGACAACGGCGACGGCUCGGCUGAUGUGAGCUACUUUCCGACGGCGCCCGGAGAGUACGCCGUGCACGUGCUGUGCGAGGGAGAGGACAUACCCCAGUCGCCGUGGAUGGCGCGGAUCUCACCGCCCGUUCAUGGAGACCCGACCAAGGUGAAGGUGACCGGUGUUCAGUCGGAGGGGGUUACCGCUGGCCAGCCGUCACAGUUCAGUAUCGACACGCGACAGGCGGGCGGGGCGCCGCCUCAGUUGACCAUAAUGGAUGAGCAGUUCCAGACAGUACCGGCACGGCUCACGGAGAAAACGCCGGGCGUAUUCCGUGCCGACUACACACCCAACAUCGGCGGAAAACAGACCAUCCAGGUAGAAUACUCUGGUGUGGCGGUGCCCGGCUCUCCGUUCCGAGUUCAGGCCGCCGACCGGCUGGACGCCAGCAUGGUCCGGCUGUUCGGACCGGCCCUGGAGCCCGGAGUCAAGGCCCAGCUGCCCACACAUUUCAACGUAGACGCCCACGGCGCCGGACAAGGCGAACUGCAGGCGGUGAUGCGAGAGGACCGCAGCGGUACCGAGGUACCGGUACGGAUCACCGACCACGGCGACGGUACGCUGCGUGGGGAGCUGACGUACCCGCGCCAGGGCACGUACACCCUGCACGCCCAGUUUGGCGGGAGGCCGGUGCCGCAGAGCCCUGUCCGCGUCACUGUUCAGCCCGGAGUGAACGUGUCCCAGAUCAGAGUCGAGGGACUCGAACCCAGUGUCUUCGUCGACUCGCCGGCUGACGUCACGCUGGACGCGCGCAGCGUGGCCGGCUGUGAGGAGGGACGGGUCACCUGCCUCAUCACCAACCCCUCGGGCGACACGACGCCCUCGUAUGUGGAGUCGGGCCGGGAUGGAACGUUCCAGAUCUCCUACACGCCGUUCGAGGAGGGUCGUCAUGAGAUCGAGAUUGCCUAUAACGGUGUCCAGGUGCCGGGCUCGCCGUUCUUUGUGCACGUUCGGCGAGGCUGCGAGCCCAGCCGGGUGACUGCCACGGGGCCGGGCCUGCGAGCGGCGACCGUCAACAAACCCAACUCGUUCACCGUCAACACCAGAGGAGCGGGCACCGGCGGUCUGGGUCUGGCCAUCGAGGGCCCCUCCGAGGCUAAGAUGUCCUGUGUGGAUAACCUGGACGGCUCGUGCCUGGUCCAGUACAUCCCCACCGAGCCCGGAGAGUACGAUGUCAACAUCAAGUUCGCCGACCAACACAUUCCUGGAUCUCCGUUCAAGGUACCGGUGGCGUGUGAGGUGGACGCCGGCGCCGUCAUCGCGCACGGCCCGGGCGUGACCGCCGACAGCUGCCGCGCCAACGUACCCAUGUCGUUCACCGUGGACGCCACGCGGUCGGCGCCGGCUGAGCUACGUGUCGACGUGCGCAGCGACAGGGGUCCUCUGCCCCGCCGGCCGUCGGUUAAGGAUAACCGGGACGGCACGUAUGAGGUGACGUACGAGCCGCCGCCAGAGGGCAGCAUCUGCAUCCCGCGAGUCACCUGGGGUGGAGUUGACAUCCCUGGCAGUCCGUGGCGUCUGCCGGUGCGGCCGACCUGCGAGCCGUUUCGGGUACGUCUUUCCGGGCCGGGAGUAUCCGGCCGCGGCCUGCCCGCCUCCCUGCCCACCCAGUUCACCAUAGACACCAGGCAGGCCGGCUUCGGCGACCUCGAGGCACAGGUCAUGGGUCCGGACCAGCAGCCGCGCACGGUGGAGAUCAUUGAUAACGAGGACGGCACGUUCACGGGCUGGUACACGCCGGAUGACUGCGGCCAGUACCGGGUGACCGUCCGGUACGGCGGCCGGCCGGUGGCCACCGCCGCCGUGCCCGUCCAGGUCGUGCCCAGUGGACAGGCGGACCGGUGCCGGGUGGAGCAGGGCGACCUCCGGGACCAGGUGAUCAGCGUCGGAGAGGAGCAGUGUAUCACCGUCGACGCCAAACGCGCCGGAACCGGAAACAUCACGUGCCGGGUCCGCUCCGCAUCCGGAUCCAGCUGUGCCGAUGUGGAUGUCGAGGACAACAGAGACGGCACCUACAAGGUGUACUUUCGGGUGGACAAGCCCGGAGAAUAUGUGCUUAAUAUUAAGUUUGGUGGGGAGACCAUUCCAGACGGACUGUACACAUUCACGGCGCAGGCCGAGGUACCGGUGACUGCCUCUCGGACCCAGCAACUGAAUGCGUACAACUCUCUGCGCUCGCCGGUUCCUGAACAGCGCAGCUUCCGACCAGUAGAGCUCAGUGGCAUUCCUCUGCCCUCGUCAGGAGGACGUGUUACAGCCGAAGUCGUGAUGCCGAGCGGCAAUAAGGACGCCGUGGUGGUGCAGGACAACCGCGACGGAACCGUCUCCGUCAAAUACGAGCCUAAGGAGGAGGGCGUCCAUGAGCUCAAUGUCAAGUACAAUGGAGAGCAUGUGCAAGGCUCUCCGUUCAAGUUCCACGUCGACUCCAUCUCCAGCGGCUACGUGACCGCCUACGGACCGGGCCUGAUCUAUGGCAUCACCGGCGAGCCGGCCAACUUCACCGUGUCGACCAAGGAUGCCGGCUCAGGCGGCCUGGCGCUGGCCGUGGAGGGCCCCAGCAAGACGGACAUCAACUGCCACGAUAACAAGGACGGCACCGUGUCCGUCAGCUAUCUGCCCACGUCGCCCGGCAUCUACCACGUCUCCGUCAAGUUCGCCGACAAGGACAUCAAGGGCAGCCCCUUCCCGGUCAAGGUCACAGGCGAGGGCCGCAAGCGUAACCAGGUCUCGAUGGGAGCUCAGUCGGAGGUCACGCUGCCCGGAAAGGUGACGGAGAAGGACAUCAAGCUGCUGAACGCCCUAAUCACCGCGCCCUCCGGUCUCGAGGAGCCGUGCUUCCUCAAGAAACUCGACAAGGACCAACUGGGCAUUUCGUUCACUCCCCGCGAGAUCGGCCAGCACCUGGUGGCCGUGAAGAAGAAGGGCACUGAGAUCGCCGGCUCGCCGUUCAAGAUCAUGGUCAGCCCGCACGACGUCGGUGACGCCCUGAAGGUGAAGGUGGAGGGCAGCGCUCUGACCUCCGGAAAGACGCACCAGCAAAACAAGUUCACCAUCGACACCAAGUCUGCAGGCUACGGCGGUGUGUCCCUCUCCAUGGAGGGACCCAGCAAGGCCGAGAUCAAGUGCGACGACAAGGGAGACGGCAAGCUGGAGGUCUCCUACAACCCCAAGGAGCCCGGCUUCUACAUCAUCAACCUCAAGUUCGCUGACCAUCAUGUCAAGGGCUCGCCAUUCACCUGCAAGGUGACCGGCGAGGGCUCCAACACCCAAACGGAGCGCAUCAAGCGGGACCGUGCCGCCGCUCCCCUCACCGCUGUCGGCACUGACUGCGCGCUCACCUUCAAAAUGCCGGGCGUCUCGGCUCUCGAGCUCUCCGCCUCUGUCGCCUCUCCGGGUGGUGUGGUCGAGGAUGCGUCCAUCUCGGAGCUCGAGGACAGCCUGCACGCGGUGAAAUUCGUGCCCAAGGAGCUGGGCGUCCACACGGUGUCGGUGCGCUACAGGGAUGUGCACAUCCCCGGGUCGCCGUUCCAGUUCACUGUUGGACCGCUGAAGGACGGCGGCGCGCACCGCGUCCACGCCGGCGGUCCCGGUCUGGAGCGGGGUGAGCAGGGCUGUCCUUGCGAGUUCAACGUGUGGACCCGAGAGGCCGGCGCCGGAUCCCUCGCCGUCAGUGUGGAGGGCCCGAGCAAGGCCGAGAUCGACUUCAAGGACCGUCAGGACGGCUCGUGCUACAUCAGCUACGUCGUCUCCGAGCCAGGCGAGUACCGCGUGGGUAUCAAGUUCAACGACUCGCACAUCCCCGACUCUCCGUACAAGGUGUUUGUGUCUCCGGCCAACAAGGACGCGCACAAGGUCACCGUGGGCCAACUGCCCGACGCCGGAGUGCAGGUGGACAAGCCGAUCAUCUUCACUGUGGACCGCACCGGCUGCAAGGGUCAGAUGGACUGCAAGGUGGUCAACCCGAGCGGCCACGAGGACGACUGCUUCAUCACCUACCUGGACGACGACACGUACUCGGUCCGAUUCCUGCCAAAGGAGAACGGCAUCCACCAGCUUCACGUCAAGUGGAACAGCGUGCACGUGCCCGGCUCGCCGUUCCGGCUGAAGAUCGGCAGGCAGGACGCCGACCCUGCUGCCGUGCACGCGCACGGAAAGGGUCUGGAGAAGGGUCACACCGGCCACAAGUCGGACUUUAUUAUCGACACGUGCAGCGCAGGAGCCGGCACCCUAGGCGUUACCAUCGACGGACCUUCCAAGGUGGCUAUGGACUGUACCGAGGUCGAUGAGGGCUACAAGGUGCGCUACACCCCACUCAACCCCGGCCACUACUACGUGGCCAUCAAGUACGACGGCUAUCACAUCGUCGGCUCGCCCUUCAAGGUCGAGGUCACCGGCGAUGAGCUGGCCGAGAUGGGACCCAAGGAGCAGUCCACAGUGGUGGUGGAGACCAUCGCCAAACAGCGAAAGGGACAGCAGGAGAAACACGUCGUCUCGCUGCCCAAGUUCGACUCAGACGCCUCCAAAGUGCAGUCCAAGGGCAUGGGCCUGAAGAAGGCAUACCUGAACCGUCAGAACCAGUUCCAGAUUGAUGCCGGUACCGCAGGUCAGGAUAUUCUGUGGGUGGGCUGUUUCGGUCCCAAGAACCCGUGCGAGGAGGUUCACAUCAAGCACAUGGGCCGUAAUCAGUACCAGGUGCACUACACGGUCAAGGAGCGCGGCAAGCACAUUCUGGCCGUCCGCUGGGGCGCCGACAACAUCCCCGGAUCGCCGUUCGAGAUCGAGGUGUAGGCGGGGCGCUCCAUGCCCGCGCCAGUCCGGUGCCUUUCCCGUGCCUUGGUGCGUGCGUGACCGCCGCACAGAUCUGAGCUCGUAUCAGUGUCGGCCGUCGGGGCUGACGGCGCCGCUGGGUUGUCCCCGCUGCCCGAGUGUCGGCCAUCGCUGAACAGAGCGGCGAGCCGCUCUCUGGAGAGGCGGUCCGCGCUCAGCGCCCUCUGCCGGCGGCCUGUACCAGCUCGUGUUCAUAGAGUGCCCGCCGCGAGGUGUGGGCGCCCCGAGCCGUCUUCCGUGGCGCCCGUCGGCCGGUCGCCGGCCGCCCGCUCAGGCUAGGCGCCCCGCGUGUGUAUCUGCGUGUACCGCCCCGUGAUCCGCUAACCUGUGUAUCUCCGGCGCUCUAACCGUGUGCCAAUAGUGGGCCCAGGCGGGCCGUCCACCGCCUCCCGACUGGGGCGAGCGAACGGCGCUCGGCUGCGGCCCCUGGUGCCAACUGCCCCCUCGUGGCACCCGCUGCGCGCUGCUUGAUCCACCAUGACGAGCUCAUUUGAUAGAGGUGUGGUUAUAUAUGACGCGAAAUAAAACAAUCGACACCUA